AUGAGCUCCAACACAAAUACCAUCUUGGUCCUCGGACGCUCCUACGCCGGUGUGGGAGCAGCACAUUACAUUCUCAAACAUGUCGUUUCUGCUCUACCGAACAAAGACGACUAUCGUGUUGCUCUCGUGAGCAGUUCCUCGCAUUUCUUCUGUCGACCGACUUCUGUACGUGUGCUCGUUUCCGAAAAUGCAUUCCCGCAAGAUAAACGACUUUUUGUGCCUUUAACCGAGGAGUUUGAGCAAUACACAAAUCCUUUCGUUACCCUGUACUAUGGAACGGUGGUCAAGCUUGAUCAUUUGACUCGUACAGUCAAGGUUAUCCCAGCGGAGACAGGCAAGGCUGAGAUAGAACUUGGGUAUUACGCUCUCGUCAUUGCGACUGGAGUAACGACUCAGUCUCCACUAAUGGGCCUAUCGGGUGGCCACCAGAACACGAUCGAUGCAUGGACUGCCUUCCGAGAAAAGCUCUCAACUGCCAAAAGCAUUUUUCUGAAUGGAAGUAGCGGUGGAAAGUCAAAAGUUGCCAUUACUCUCAUCACGAAAUCGAAGUUACUUCCGUAUCUCCCUCUUUCACUAUCUCAAAAGGCAGCAGGGCAGCUAUCUAAGCUCGGUGUUUCCGUUAUCAUAAACCGAGUGGUCGAGAAAGUGGUCUCGGUUGACACUGAUGCGGUGAAUGUUGCAGGUAAAAGUCUCGAGCGACUCACUGAUACAGUAACAGUGCACCUGAAUGAUAACCAGACAUUUCAAGCAGAACUGUACAUCCCAACGACAGGCGUUUCACCAAACACCAAUUUCUUGAAUCACGAACUUCUAGAUGAUGAAGGCUAUAUCGUUACAAACCUCUCGUCACUUCAGGUGGAAGGUGCCGGGUCUCGAGUCUAUGCCAUUGGCUAUGUGUGCAAUUCAAAUCCUCAUGCGAUUCACGCUAUCACAAAACAAGUCCCAGUGGUUGGAGAGAACUUGAAGCAAGACCUUUCGAUAGCAGAGAACCAGAUUGAGCCUAAGGUCACUCAGAUGGUGGUCAUUGGAAAGAAGGGCGUUGGAAUGUUUCUUGGAUGGAUGGUACCGAGUUUCUUCGUUUGGUUGAUCAAGGGAAUGUAUUACUGGCUUGAUAUGACUCCGCCGAUGCGGAAUGGGAAAGGAUAUGCGAAGCCUAUCUAA